CAUAUUUUAACUUCGCUGAGCUGCCAUAUUGUUUAGCCCUGUUUUGGACUUUUCUUGAAGGAGAGAAACCUGGGAGAUCGUGGCUGUUUUGGAAUGCUACCGAGACCUUUAUAUUUCCCAAAUCACAGUAGUCAUUUAAGACGUCGAUCCAGAAAUCGUCGGAGUUCACGUCGCCCAAAACCAGAAUACGAACGAAACAUCUUUUCCGCAUUUUUUGCCCUUGCAUCCGCUGUGCUUCUUGCAAUCGCAGAGGCAGAACCGAAAUGGCUUCACAUCGUCAGUGGAAAGUGCGAAGGAAGGUACAUUGGCUUGUACAAAGUCAUUGCAUAUAAACACCCCGAGGAACUGAGUAAGUCUGAUGUGAAGCCCUAGAAGAAUUUGACAUGUUAUGUGGAAACCCUUUCCAAAUGAUGUCAUUUUAACGAAGUUGAUCAUAAUUGUUACUUCCUCAUUUGCUUUUUCUUAAACUCCUUGAUCUGUUGUAUUAUUUGCAAAAACCUAUUUUAUAUCCGAUCAGUUGUCACAACAGUCUCCAAUUAAUUUUCUUCAACCUUUGUAAUAGAUAGUGCAAGUUUAGCUGCUAAAUUGAUUAGCAAUAAUGCGAUGACCAAUUCGAUCGCCACGGAGACGACUGAAAACUUUUUCUCCACUGACCCGUUUUUUUUCUUUCAAACGGAUUAAAUGUUAUUAAGGAAAUGGAUACCUUAAUUGUUGCUCUACUAAAUUCAAAAUUCUGAAUAUUUCUUAGGUCACAUCGUUACUGAAAGAAGCUGUUUUCAGUUGUUCAUGGAUAGAAUCAAAAAUAUUUUGACUACAUAUUUUCAGAUAUUUAGUUAAUGGGUGAUUUUUGGUCGAUCGGAAAGGACAUUACUUGACAUAAUUCGGUAUGUUUUUAAGUCUUUGAUUAAGAAAAAAUGUUGGUUGAUCCUUAAUAAAACGUGUCAAGACUCAAACCUGCCAACUGCCGUCUACAUUGCUUAUGCCAAUAGCGGGUAUGCCAAGUAAAAUGCAAACAAGACAUUUAGAGUCAAGGUGUGGAUAUAUUUGAGCAAGGCAUACUCCAUGUUAGCUCUCAAAUAAACUUGUGUCUUCUGCACCCUGCAAAUCUAAAAUCAAGCAUGUACUGGUACAGCAAGUUGCUACCCAACAGCCAGUUGAGGUAAAUCUGCUACCUCUGUGCUGAUGUAUACUUGUGUCUUGUGCCCCAUGUUGUUUAUUCUUGCAAGCGAUGGGUUCCAACAGUUAUCACCACAGAAAUAGCAUUCUAGUCCCACUUAUGAAAAGGCUUACUUAAAUAAUUUAUAUUUGAGUUGUAAAAGUUGAUUGCAAGUAUACACAUAUACAAAGCAUGAAUUAAAGAAAUUUUGGGAUCUAAAAAUUUUUCAACUUGAAGGAAAAAAACCCUUUUUUGGGGUAUUGAAGUUCUUAAUGGUUUUAAGCUGCCUUGUUUGCUGUUAAUUUUGCAUUCUCAUCCUUUAAGAAAAGAGUGCUUAUUUUUUACUCCUAUGCACUUGUUUUUGAUUCUUACCACUGGUUUGAUGGGAUUUUUGUUUUUUUUUUUGCAUAAAGUAUCAAUUUCUUUUAAUUUUUGGGAAAGGGGGAAAUUUCUGAUUGUACUAUGGUCAUGUAGAAUUUUAACAUCUGUUAUCACCCUUGUAAUGUUUAUUAUAUAAAUGGGGAGGACAUGGAAAUGUUUGGUUUCUCAAUAGUUAUGGACAGGGGAUAUGGCAUGUUUGGAGUGGGUGCAGUUUUCUGUAGUAUUUAGAAUCUUUUAUUGUUGUUCACAGCUUCAUACUGUUACACAAGCACCAUUGUACUUCUCUUACGACUGGUUGUUGCACUAAGUUGUGUGGGAAUUGUGUUUAGCAUGUUUGCCUGUUUGCUGGAUUUGUGUGGCACAUUAAACAGAUGUCUCAAAGUAGUCAAGGAUUAUUCUAUUGGAAAUGUAGUUACAGGUAAGAAUCAAUGUCUUGUGUUGAUAAGUAAGAAAGUGUUGCCAUUGAGUAGAAAUAUAUGACAGGUGUAAUUUGUCUGAUGAUAGACUUCUAAUCAAUCUAAUUCUAAGUAAGAUAAUUUUGGUUUUAUCAACUGAGUUGAUAGAGAAAUGUAAAUAGGCCACCAAUUAGAGUUUCAAAGCUGAUGUUUCAAGCAUUAGCCCUUUGUCAGAGCAAAUGGGGAACACAGUGCCACAGUUCUUUAAAAAAUAACCCCUUUAUUCAUGAUUCUGAACUAGUAUUCACAACAUAGUUUUGUCCUCAUUGUCAAGUUAUAUAGGUAAAUACUUAAUAUCUUGAAGACACUGAAACACUGUUUUAUUGUUCCUAUUGUUUUUCAUGUGUUAUUUUUUAUUUGGAUAAUAUAAGGAUUGAUGACGUUGGUAAUCACAGCUACAACUGUAAAUUACAUUAAGGAUGAAGAAAAAAUUGAUGGUGGAUAUUUAGCUGCUGAAGCCUAAGGCUGAGGUAGAUAAAUCAGACACAAGGUUUGAUAAUGCAUGAUGUGGUGCAAAAACCAAUUCAGUAAUUGUUUUAUUCAUACAUUUUUAAAACACAUUGCAAAAGAAGACACUUCUGUUUGAGUCUGCAAAAGUUUGAGAACACUGCACAGAUGAGAGGCUGGGAAACUUGGCAGACUUUGAACUCAACAUAAUAAAUGUAAUAUCCACUGCAGAUAUUGCAGUCAUCAUGUUAACUUCACAUGCUAUAUGCUCUCAACCAAUCAGAUAUUUCAUAGUAAGUCUAUUGUAUAAUAAAAUAUAAUUACUAGAUGAAGUCAGUUAACAGUAAUUUUCAGCUGCUGUUCAAUUUUUCUGCAGUUGUGAUGUGUGUUGCUACAAUCAUUAUUGUUUACAUGGUGACAAGGAUACUUGAAGAAGUUGGUGAAGAGGACAGUAGUGAUCCCGCCAAAGUUAAAUUUGAGAUCAGUUUUUGUCUUGUGGUGGCUGCAGGAGGAUCAUCGGUACUGGCAACUGCAUUGAGUUUAGUUAUGCACUGUUAUCUACACCGCAUGAGAGAAAGAACUCAAUCUGAUGAAGAGCUAUCCCUUGAACUGAUGUACUCCAUGGUACCUGCCGACAGUAUCUCAGAUGUUCCACCUCCCGCAUACUCACCCUGAUCACCACAAUUAGUGAACUAACUCUUACAAUGUAGGUAUAAUAAUAUUAGUAGUUAUAUGCAGACAAGGAAGUGAAAUCAGAAAUUCUAACAGGACAUUGAUGUUAGUUUUCAAUUUUCAGAAAAUUUUAAUGACUUCAAUUUUUUCCCAGAAGGCAUUGCAUUUCAACAGCAGGCUUUGUUUCCUUGGUCAUUCAGUGUUUUCAACUGUACCUCAUGCACCAAUCAAUUUGAAGCUUUAAAUCCCCUAGGGGCCAAUUCGAUACUGGAACUGUCAAGUCUCUCCACCAGAUCACAUGUGUUUUAUCUUUUAAUAUGGAAGUGCUUAAAGGCAGAGAGUUCACUUUCAUAAGCAGAUGGCUCAGAAGAAAAGGUCCACAAGAAAAACACUAUACCUGAUCAUGCCUUUCUCCCAAGAAAUUGGUCAUCAAAUCCAACCUUGGGUGGGGCAUUUAAACACCCUAUUUUAGUCUGAAAGGGUGGGGUGGUAAUUUGAACUAACCAAUCUUCAAAAGUUAAAAUGCUUGGGGGC